AUAAAUGACGUGCCGAGAGAACAAGCGAACGCGCAGCCGGGAGAGCGGAGUCUCCUGCCUCCCGCCCCCCACCCCUCCAGCUCCUGCUCCUCCUCCGCUCCCCAUACACAGACGCGCUCACACCCGCUCCCUCACUCGCACACACAGACACACGCGCGCACACACGCUCCACACACACACUCCACUCUCUCCCGCGCGCUCACACCCCUCUUGCCCUGCGCCCUCGCCGGUGCAGCGCGGCGCCGCAGCCGGACGCCCCUCCCGGGCUCACUUUGCAACGCUGACAGCGCUGGCGGUGGCCGUGGAGGUGGGUACAGCGGCGGCAUCCUCCCCCCUGGUGGCAGCCCAAGCCAGGACUCCCGCGGAACCUCUCGGCGGCGCUUUCUCAUGAGUCGGGAUCGCAGCAUCCCCCACCAGCCGCUUACCGCCUCUGGGAGCUGCUGGGCUUGUACACCUCAGCCCUUCCAGGACAGCAGCUGUGACUCGCCCCCCAGUGCAGAUUUCGGAACAGCUCUCUAGAAACUCGCUCUAAAGACGGAACCGCCACAGCAUUCAAAGCCCACUGUGGAAGAGCGCAGCCCGGCAAGUCCGGGCCCUGAGCCUGGACCCUCAGCGGAGCCAGGCAGCACUGCCGCCGCUUCGCCUCGCCAGACACCCCCUCCUCUCACACUCUCAGCCUCCGGUCGAGAGACCCCCAGCCCCACCAUUCAGCGCACAAGAUACCCUCCAGAUAUGCCCUGCGUGCAAACCCAAUAUAGCCCUUCGCCUCCAGGUUCCAGUUAUGCAGUGCAGACAUACGGCUCGGAAUACACCACUGAGAUCAUGAACCCCCCAGACUACACCAAGCUGACCAUGGACCUCGGCAGUACAGAGAUCACGGCCACUGCCACUACAUCCCUGCCCAGCUUCAGUACCUUCAUGGAGGGCUACUCGAGUAGCUAUGAACUCAAGCCCUCCUGCCUGUACCAAAUGCAGCCGUCUGGGCCGCGACCCUUGAUCAAGGUGGAGGAUGGUGGGCGCGCACAUGGCUACCACCAUCACCACCACCACCACCAUCACCACCACCAUCAUCACCAGCAGCAGCAGCAGCAGACAUCCAUCCCUACUCCCUCCGGCCCCGAGGACGAAGUGCUUCCCAGCACCUCCAUGUACUUCAAGCCGUCCCCGCCGUCCACGCCCACCACGCCGGGCUUCCCCCCGCAGGCGGGGGCGCUGUGGGAUGACCCGCUGCCCUCAGCGCCCGGCUGCAUCGCGCCCGGCCCGCUGCUGGACCCACCGAUAAAGGCGGUGCCCCCGGUGGCCGGCGCGCGCUUCCCGCUCUUCCACUUCAAGCCCUCGUCGCCACAUCCUCCUGCGCCCAGCCCGGCCGGCGGCCACCACCUCGGCUACGACCCGACGGCCGCCGCCGCGCUCAGCCUGCCGCUGGGAGCCGCCGCCGCUGCGGGCCAGGCUGCCGCGCUGGAGGGCCACCCAUACGGGCUGCCGCUGGCCAAGAGGGCACCCCCGCUGCCCUUCCCGCCGCUGGGCCUCACGCCCUCCCCUACCGCGUCCAGCCUGCUAGGAGAGAGCCCCACCCUGCCGUCGCCUCCCAACAGGAGCUCGUCGUCCGGGGAGGGCACGUGCGCCGUGUGCGGGGACAACGCAGCCUGCCAGCACUAUGGCGUGCGCACCUGCGAGGGCUGCAAGGGCUUCUUCAAGAGAACAGUGCAGAAAAAUGCAAAAUAUGUUUGCCUGGCAAAUAAAAACUGCCCAGUAGACAAGAGACGUCGAAACCGGUGUCAGUACUGUCGAUUCCAGAAGUGUCUCAGUGUCGGAAUGGUUAAAGAAGUUGUCCGUACAGACAGUCUGAAAGGGAGGAGAGGUCGUCUGCCUUCCAAACCAAAGAGCCCAUUACAACAGGAACCUUCUCAGCCCUCUCCACCUUCUCCUCCGAUCUGUAUGAUGAAUGCCCUGGUACGAGCUUUAACAGACUCAACACCCAGAGAUCUUGAUUAUUCCAGAUACUGUCCCACUGACCAGGCCAGUGCAGGCACAGACGCUGAGCACGUGCAACAGUUCUACAACCUUCUGACAGCAUCCAUUGAUGUAUCCAGAAGCUGGGCAGAAAAGAUUCCGGGAUUUACUGAUCUCCCCAAAGAAGAUCAGACAUUACUUAUAGAAUCAGCCUUUUUGGAGCUGUUUGUCCUCAGACUUUCCAUCAGGUCAAACACUGCUGAAGAUAAGUUUGUGUUCUGCAAUGGACUUGUCCUGCAUCGACUUCAGUGCCUUCGUGGAUUUGGGGAGUGGCUCGACUCUAUUAAAGACUUUUCCUUAAAUUUGCAGAGCCUGAACCUUGAUAUCCAAGCCUUAGCCUGCCUGUCAGCACUGAGCAUGAUCACAGAACGACAUGGGUUAAAAGAACCAAAGAGAGUGGAGGAGCUAUGCAACAAGAUCACAAGCAGCUUAAAAGACCAUCAGAAUAAAGGACAAGCUCUGGAGCCCACCGAGCCCAAGGUCCUGGGUGCCCUGGUGGAACUGAGGAAGAUCUGCACCCUGGGCCUCCAGCGCAUCUUCUACCUGAAGCUGGAAGACUUGGUGUCUCCACCUUCCAUCAUUGACAAGCUCUUCCUAGACACCCUACCCUUCUAACCAGGAGCGGUCCAGACAGGGAGCCCCUCAUCUGCUAGCACCUGCUUGCCAAGCAGCUAAGGAGGGGUCUGGACACCUAGCAUUUCCUGUCCUUCCUUAAGAGAAAAAGCAGCUCCUGUAGAAAAUGAAGACUUUUUUUUCUGGCUCUUUUCCUUACAACCUAAAGCCAGAAAUCUUUGCGGAGUAUUGUGUUGGGGUUGUGUUUUAUAUUUAGCUUCUGGGGGUGUGGGGUGGUAGGAAGGUAUAGUUCGUGAGGGUUUUCUAAUUGCUAACAAAGCACUUUUGGACAAUGCUAUCCCAGCAGGAAAAAAAAAAAGGAUAAUUUAACUGUUUUAAAAGUCUUUCUGGGGAAUACAAUUAUAGUUGCUUUGUACUUAAAAACAAGAACAGCCAAGGGUUGUUCGCCAGGGUGGGAUGUGUCUUAAGAUUGAUCCCCUUAAAAUAUGCUUCCUGUAUCAAAGGUACAUAUGUGGUGCAAACAAGGCAGAAAUUCCCUUUUCUUAAUUUCUCUCUUCCUUUAUUUUAAUAAAUGGCAAAAGAUGGAGGAUUACCUACAAAUCAGACAUAGCAAAACAAUAAUGGCCGUUCGCUUCCAUAUACAAGUGCAAUUUUUAAAAGUGUUGUCUUAGUCUUGUUUAUUAACUCCUUUAUUUUAUAUGGAAAUAAAAAGGAGGCAGUCAUGUUAGCAUACGGACACAUGCUAAUUUUCCUAGCAGAAGCUUGGGUCACCUGCCCUGUACAACCCUUCUGAGCUAUGGCCUCUCCAAGACUUUUAGGCCAUUCUUGAUGGAACCAGAUCCCUGCCUUGACUGUCCAGCUGUCCUGAAGGGGAAUCAGAUUAAUAAAUGGAUUAAAUAUAACCGUUUUGGUUGUAUUCUAUCAACCCCACCAAGAGUCCCCUAAACUUGCUUCAGUUGUAGCAAAUGACUGAUAAAUUCUUUCAGAAGCCCCAGGAAUGUUUGGUAAGUCAGUCAAGUAUUUGAUUCCGAGAUGAGAACAUGCAAAUACAUAGGAACUGGGUCGUACAGGGUAAGCACCAGGGAUAGUAAGGAUUUUUCUAUAUAUAAUUUUAAUUUUUGUUAUUGGUUAAAGAGACAAUUCUGGAAAGCAAGUCUUUUAAAAAAUAGUAUGGAUGUGAGUACUAGAAAGGAUU